AUGACUUACUACGGCCACAACGUCAACUUCCAGCAGCAGAACCCUGGGUAUAACCAGGAUGGCCCCGGCCAGGGCGGAUAUGGCGGGGACGAUCAACGUCGCAAUGACCAAGGCGGGUAUCAACAAGGCGGUCCUCAGCAGUAUGGUCAACAACAAGGAGGCUACCAACAGGGUGGUCCUCAACAAGGCGGUUAUCAGCAAGACCGCCCAGGUCUCUCGCAAUCUUACUACUCCGAGUCCUCUCAGUAUCCUCCUGGUGGGCAGUCUGGACCUGGGCAAUACCAACAGGGCCCUCCUGCAUAUAACCAAGGACCUCAGGGCCAGUUUGAUGGCGGCGAUGGUCCCGACGGUGAGCGUGGUGUAAUGGGGGCCCUUGCCGGCGGUGCAGCUGGAGCUUUCGGUGGUCACAAGAUGGGCGGAGUCACUGGACACAGCAAGACCAGCACCAUCGUCGGAGCUUUGGCUGGUGCUUUCGGCGGUCACAAGCUGCAAGACGCCGCUGGAGACUGGAAGGAUGAGAGAGACGAGAAGAAGGAAGAAGAGAAGCGACGAAAAGAGGAAGAGAAGAGACGCGAGGAGGAAGAGAGGAGGCGAAAGGAGCGCCGCGACGAUGAUCGUUAUGAAUCUCACCAUCGUCGCCGCAGCCGAAGCCGAAGCCGAAGCUCUUCUCGUGGCUCCAACCGACGUCGUGGUGGCCACUACGCCGGUAACUUCACCGCCUCAUCUCGAGAUAUCAGACUCGAUGCUCACGGCGACUACGUUCUACACGCCUCUUGUAAGCGCGAGGACGGAGACUACCAGCACACAUCCAUUUCCCUCGACAAGGUCCUCGAAAACGACAGGGGAAGCUUCCGCUGGUCCGCAGGUGGCCAUCACGGUAGCUCUUCUUCCGUUACAGUCCAGCAAGGCGAUACCCUUCGAGGCAUCGCAGCUCGGUUCAAUUGCUCCUUUGAGGAGAUUGCUCGACAUAACGGCAUCAACAACCCUGAUCUAAUCUAUCCUGGGCAGACACUCCAGGUGCCUGGUGGUGGUCGCCAUGGUGGCGGUGGAUUCGGAUCUUCCGCCCGACAUGUUCGUCUGGUGGAUGGAGGUCAGAGACUUGAGGGUGAGCUGUCUCGCGACGGAGACUGGGUGCUUAGCUCGAUCAUUCUUGAUGAGAGAAUCAGAAACUUCAACGGCACCUUGGAGCUUGUCUAG